AAUUUUGAACAAAUUAUUUAGUCUUUCUUUAUCGAUAAAAGGAUAAAAUGGAAGUUGAAAAUCGGUUGAAGGACGAGGUUAUUGCAAUGGAACAGACUAUACGUGCAUUGAAUAAAACUCAAACAGAAAUAUUGUAUCGUAUGACAUCGAAUCGUGAGGCUUGGUCGUCAAAUUCAGCUGCUGCUUUGAUUAAAAUUCAGCAGCUUGAGAAACAUGUGCAAAACGUAGAAACACAAUUUCUGGAAGAUACGAACAAAUUAGACAAAGCAACCAAUCAGAUCACUAACUUGUUGAAGAAAAGUGAUAGAAUGAAUGUGCUUGUAGACACUUUACGAAGUGAUGCUUUUGAAGGAGUUGUUGGUGAAAACGAUAACAGCGUUUCAAACGCAUCACAAACCAAAAUUGCAAGCGAAAAAUGUACAUUGGUUAACCUAGGAAACACGGAAUCAAGGACAAGUGAUAUGGAUAAAAUGCUAUCAUCACCAAGCGAAUCCACAGUCGAAGAAGAUAAUGAAUUUAUGACUGACGAUGAAUUUUGUAGCAGUAAUACAUUCGAAAGGCGUAUUGAAAAUUACAUCACCAAUAGUGUGAAGGACAAAGCAGAUAAAGUAAUAAAACAUCGAGUCUCUAACAUUGUUCUUGACAAAACUCUCAAUGUUCAAAUCGAUACAAAUUCACUCAAAACUGUAAAAAGUAGAAAUGAUAACGCAAUUAUGACCAAAGCUUCAAUAUCUGAUUUUGAAAAUCUGCAUAAUAAAGAUGAGAAAGAAAAUAUAAAAAGGGAUAUAUUCAGUGAAAAGGACAACCCAUUAAUAAGGAUUUCAACUGAACGUUCAUCUAAUAAGGACGAUUGCGAAAAGCUGAGCAAGAAAUUACUUCAAACUAGGACAAAGAUAAGGAAAAAUGGGUAUAAAAGUAAAUCUAUGGAAAGUCAACAUGACAACCGUGUAAGUUAUCACAGUAAACAAGGAUGUUUCGAAGGAACCAUCACUACUAACGUUUUAAAUAUGGACCUUCAGAAAGAAGAAUUCAUUCUACCAAAUAUUAAACCAGAAGAAACGCUAGGUUUUUCACAAGAAAUGUUCAGAACUCCAAGACGACGGAGAAGGAGAUCACUAGAGGAGGACAGCUUUGUUUCUAGACUUCUUGAUGUUGAUCAACCAAGAACAGUUAGAGAAUGGCUACAGUAUACCAAUCAGAUGAGAGUUCACGCUUCAGCGAGAGUGAUAUCAGGAGUAGUAAAACUUGGAAGAUCGCAAGAUGUUAUUCUUGUAUUAGAUACUUCGGAACGUAUGACAGGAUAUUUCCAAAAAUUAAAAUCGGCCGCAUUACAGUACGUGUAUGGCAUCAAACAACAAUUCGAAUGUACAGAAAUGGAUAAUGGAAUCGGUCUUGCAAUUUUUGGAAGACAAACCAGGCUUAUUCAAGAAGCAACUAAUGAUUAUGACUUGAUAAUAGAAUUAAUAGGAAAACUAACACCAGAAGGGGAUGCUCCUGUCAUUGGAGGACUUCUUUUGGGUUUAGCUGGUGUAGUAUCAUGUAUUUUAGGCUACUCCCAUGAUACAGCAAUACAGGCGCAUAUGAUUGUGUUCACGGAUGGAUCUUCAGGACAAGACAUGCCCUCAGUAGAUGUUGAUGACAAUACGUUUUCUUUCGGAACGUUACGAGUAAAACCGGACAUGAAUGGUGUAAUGGAUAUAAUAGCUUCCACUACUACAAAGAUAUUCUAUGUACCUGUCGGAGGAAACCAGCGUAACAUCAUUUUGGAACAGGCUAUGAGGAAAACAAAUGGAAAAAUUAUACAAGAUAAUGAAAUUGGCAGAUUGACUAUGAUGACACAAGUAAUGCUACUGGCAAUAAGCAUAGCAUCAGAAAUUAGAUAUUCGAACAAUCAAAGCAGAGAAGUUAUUAAGAGGAAAAUGGCAGAAAAAUCACAUUAUGAUGAUAUACAUGACGACUGUCUGGAUAUGGUUCAAGAUUUUAUUAAUCCCUUAAGGUAUAAAAACAUGCGAGGGUUUUAUGUGGAGUUAAAGUGUAAUACACUUCAGUUAGGAGACAGAGUGAGACGUGGUCCUGAUUGGGCUUAUGAUGAUCAAGAUUUGGGUCUCCCAGGAACUGUUAUUGGACAAGAUUUUAACGACUGGAUUUGGGUAGACUGGGACCAUGGACACAGCCUUACAUAUCUAUAUGAUGAGCAAAUGGAUAGAUAUCAAGUACGAAAAGUAGAUGAAGCCAGAAUACUCGUCAAUGAGAUGAUAGCAGUCGGUUGUAGAGUUGUUAGAGGUCAAGAUUGGAAGUAUGACGACUAUGACGGAGGUGAAGGUUCAUUAGGAACUGUACUUGAAGUGAAAGAUGAAGGCAAGGUUGUAAUAAGAUGGGACGGAACAAAUAAAGGCAUAUUCAAAAUUGGACAUGAUGGCCUUUUUGAAGUACGGUUGUGCGACGACUUUGUGAACAAUGAGAGAACAAUUCAACACAUGAAGCCAAAUAAUCAAAGUCAAAAUGGACAACAGAAUUACCACAAUUUGAAAACCACAACUGAGGAUGACCCAUUGGAUUACGUAAUUCCUAUAUACUCCGAUACAUCAGUCAGUGCUAUUUGGGAGUAUGAGAAGGGCUCACAGUGGACACAAUACCCAUCCGAAAUAAAUACCAAGAUUGAAAAAGCUUACCAGAGGAAGCAAUCAGGAAAAAUCAUCUUUGAAAUGAAUUAUACAACGUGUAUAAUCGAUUUUCAAAGAAUGAUACAUAUAACCCCUCAAAAAAAGACAGAAAUGCCAGUCAGAAGAAAAGAUUGAAGCUUUACUAUUUGAAUGGCAACUAACGAUUUUGUACAUGUAACCUAAAGCCUGAAACAGCGUAUUGUUUAAACGGAAAUAGAUUUUAGUCGUACAAAUAUAUAUUGUUUCAACUAAAUAUAUCAUAUAUAUGGUACAGUUAAUUUGUUUAAACAGGAAUUAUGUAGAAUACCUAAUUUUUCGGGGAUUUUGUAUAUUCACUAAAAUCAUUAGUGAUUAUAUAUAAUCCCUGAAAAUGACAAGUGAUUUACAUGAUCACUGAAUAUUUUAAAAAUUAUUUUACACAUUUUCUGAUUAUCAAUAAUACGAAGAUCCUUUGUUUGAUAAUGAUAUUUCAAAUGUAGACAAAUAAAUCAUCUGUACAUCUUACCCCGUUAUGGUUUAAGUGGACAGUUUUCAUUCCCUGUCCAUGUAUCAAAUUUAAACUUUUUCCAGUGAUAUGCUAUCUAACUUUGUUAAACCACAUUGAUUCAUGAACAAAAAAAUAUCAAAAUUGAAAUUAAUGAUACCAUCAUUCUCAAUAAUAGUGACAACUGUACACGUAUGUCAUGAAUUGUAUUGUUUGCCAAAAACAGCGUCAAAUGCACAUUCUUGCUCUGAAUGUAAAUUUACAGAAAUUGCUGAUCAACAAGAACCCUACAACAAACUGGAAUCGAUCUCAGGUGUAAAAUAGAUGGCGAUGAAGGUUAUAGAACAUCUGUUUUAUGUUUUCUAUGAUCAAAUAAACAAGGAAUUUAAACUUAUCAAACUAAUGCAACUAAACAUACAGAAAAACAGACCGAACCCAUACUUGACAGAUCGAACACAAUUUUGGAAAAGGUCAACAUUGGCUGUGAUGUUUUAAUAUAGAUUCCGCAUGUUGAUCGCUAAAAGAGAUCACAAAAUAUAAUGACAAUUGUUCAAAAAAUGACUGAAAGGGAUAUUUCCUGGCUACGAAAAAUGAAAUUUUGCUCGGAUCCUACAAGAAAGAUCAAUUUUAGGUGGCUGAUUAACUUUUUUGGCAACUUCUGAUGUUUCUAACGACGUGCGGUAAAAUCGGAUAUAUUUUAUUUUUUAUAUUGUGAUAUAGUUGUGCCAACUUAUUAAAUAAAAAAAAGCACUUUCUAGUAUACAA